CCCAAGAUGCAAAUUCAACCGAAUUCGAACUCUGGAAUCAGUGCAACAGUAUGAUAAUAUCUUGGUUAACUCAUUCCGUUGAAGCAGAUAUCGCUAAAGGCAUUAUUCACGCCAAGACAGCUCAUCAAGUGUGGGUUGAUCUUCACGAUCAAUUCUCACAAAAGAAUGCUCCAGCAAUUUUUCAAAUACAAAACUCGAUAGCAACGAUGUCACAAGGAACCAUGGCGCUGUCAACAUAUUUCACCAAGCUCAAAGCACUUUGGGAUGAACUGGAAGCGUACCGCACACCAUUUACCUGUAAUCAACGUCAAAUACAUAUUGAUCAACGCGAAGAAGACAAAUUGAUGCAAUUGCUCAUGGGGCUUAAUCAGUCUUAUAAAACGGUGAGAUCUAACAUAUUGAUGAUGUCUCCAUUACCUAAUGUGAGGCAAGCCUAUUCAUUACUUGUACAAGAAGAGAUGCAGCGUCAGGUAACUUCCGAACCUACUGAGAAAAUCUCGAUUGCAUCAGCAGUGCAAAAGAAAACAAUAUAUUCAAAAUUCGCCAAGGACAAAUUGUGUGAACACUGCAAUAAAAGUGGUCAUACAAUUAAUGAGUGUCGAAUUCUUAAGUUUCACUGUAAGUUUUGUGAUAGAAGGGGCCAUACAGAAGAUCGGUGUCGACAGAAAAAUAAUUCUGGAAGGACAAGACAAGACAAUCAACACAAUAACCGUGGAUAUCGAUCAUCUGCAAAUAUGGCCGAUGUUUCACAGUUGAAUACAGAAGAACAGUCACCUAAUUCCAUUCCAAAUUUUUCUUCUGAGCAAUUACGACAGAUAGCACAAGCCUUAUCUGCAAUCAAUCAUCACCCUUCUGGUAAUUCUGACAAUCACAUCAAUGUUGCAGGACUUGGCUACGGGGAAGAUGAUUGGCUCGGGUAAACAAUUUGGAGGUCUCUAUUAUAUUUCUUCCUCUCCAAUCAAAUCU